AUGCAAAGACACUGGCAGGGACAAAGCAGCAACCCUCUCUCGGCUAUCCCCGAGCAGACUUGUGUGCUCGGUGACUUUGAGAGAGACGAGUUGCCGGGACUUCACCCAGCAGUACAACAAGAAUUUUCCCGGCUCGAAGAAGAAAGCAAACAGGACCUGAUGAAGAUGACAGUAUGGCGCGAUUACGCCCGCUGGAAGAAUAGCUGGCUCGCAAAUAUCCACUACCAGCUGGAUGCCAGCAAAACCCAAGAGCAGUGUCUGGCAGACGAGCGGUAUUGGCGGGAUGAUUUUGAGAAAAACCCACAGCAAUAUCCGGCUCUGCACCCAAUGGCUCAGGCAGUUUACAAUGAUACAGGUGAAGAGACUAAGUGCAGCCCUGAAUAUGGCCCUGUCCUCCGUGGAUACGUGGUCGCAUAUAACAACAUGCUCAAGUGCUUCUACACGCAGCCUCAGCCAGCGGGCCUCCAAGGCAAUGACGAUGACAAGGGCAAGCAAGUAGAGAGGCUUCCGGAGAUGAGUGAAGUCGUGCCGAUAUAUCCACGGUGGCAGCGGUAG